AUGGAGACACACACAGCGACGUUCGUGACACAGCCAGCCUCGCGCAAACCCUCUCGGUAUCGCUCGACGCGGGAAGGGUCUCGCGCUGCAACCGAUCUAGGAUGCGGGGCCGCAAUGACAAACACAAACACCCGUCCAGGCAGAUCGCAAAGUAGUGCUUGCUCAAGUGAACCUAAUCCUAAUGCCAAUCCCUCAAUUGCAAGAAGUAUGUCGAGAUAUCGUCGAAAUCGACCCCCCACCGCGAGUAACGGCAACACCCGCACGGGAAAGAACGCGGUUUCAGAUCAGGCACGUGCUCAACCGGUUCUUGCUCCGCCAAUGCCUAGGAUAGUUUCCACUGCACAAGAGGAGACAUUAAGGGAGAAACAUAGACUGGAUGCGAUGGAGCAGUUGACUGGAGGCUCGGGACUCUCGAAGUUCUCGGCCGUGACGAAAAUACCCAAUGGUUCAUCUUUUUCUUCUCAACCUGCUCCAAGUCCAUCUGAGGAAUCGUCGUCGCCAAUGAAAUCACUUCGAGGUCAUCGCCCUAGAUCGAAUCCCUCAGUAAAUACAGGCGAGCGCAAGUCAUUUCUCCAGAAAGUGAAGUUAUCCCGAACCAAAGAAUCAAGCGCAAAAGAACAGCCAGUCCCAAGGUAUAUCGGCGUGGGAGGCGGAGGGAUAGUCCCCGGGACAGAUGCCCCCAUCUCAGCUGUUAAUGCUGGAGAGCGCUAUGUGCUAUUGCAGUAUAGUGAUGUUACUCUUUAUAUGCCCAUCACUCCCUCAACGCUAGUCUCAGAUCUACUUUUGUCCGCAUCUGAACAGCUCCAUUCUGAUAUUGAUCCGGAGAAAUUCAUUCUGAUCGAAUCAUUUCACCAAGUCGGCCUGCAGAGACCUUUACGACGGUAUGAGCAUGUUCGGGAUGUGAUGAACUCAUGGGCGCACGAUGGCGAUAACCGCCUCAUAAUUAUUCCUCCUUCCAGCAUCGAUGCUUUGGAUCAAGUAGAUGCCCAAAAAGUCCCAAGUGAGAAACCUGCUGAAACAACCGUAUACCUUUAUCACUCCCAGCGACCUCGCAAAUGGGACAAACGCUACGUGACUCUACGUCCGGAUGGCCAGAUUGUGAUCUCCAAGAAGGAAAACUCAAAGGAUCAUACAAGUAUAUGCCAUCUCUCCGACUUUGACAUCUAUUCACCAAAUCCACGGGCCAUGACAAAGGAAAUCAAACCUCCCAAGAAGAUUUGCUUUGCUAUUAAAAGUCAAGAGAAGUCUUCUAUGUUCCUGUCAACUGAGAACUUUGUACAUUUCUUCUCCACAAGUGAUCGGAAUAAUGCCGAUAAAUGGUACAAUAUCGUCCAGCAGUGGCGCAGCUGGUAUUUAGUGCAUACACUGGGAGCCCUGCAGUCCUUCGAGAGUGAAUCCCCUCAUACGAAACACUACCCAACCGAAAAUGGAUCGCAAGGGAUAUCAACCGAUUCCCACCUACUGAACCGUAUCCCAGGUCCCACAGACCCAGGAUCAAGAAUGCGACCAUCGAUGGACCAGACCCGUUCCUCAGCCUUGAAAGAUGCGUUCUCCCGCAAACAAUCCACAAGAGAACAUAGACCACCACCAAGCAGGCAAUUCCCCGAACUCCGUGCAAUCAACACACAUACCUCAGACACUUCCGACGACGGUCCACUAGUGAAAGGCAUCACCCCGGAAGAAAUAGAAGAAGAAACAUUUUCGCCCACAGGACUCCUAGGACGAAGCUACACACAACGACACCGCGCAAUGCGCGAGCGACAAGAGAACGAAAAGCGAGCGAAUCAGGAUCCCUUCAACCCAGAGGGCCUAUUAAACGAAGAACAAAUACAAUCUCCCACCAUCGCCCCGCCUACAAGUACCCUAAUAACGCGCACAAAGUCAAUAAAACAAUCAAAUAAACCUCUCAUCGACCUAACACCGGUCUUCAAAGAAGCACCCCAACAUAUCCGCAAAGGCCGCGGCGUAACCGUCGACUCGGGAAUGCCCCUAAUCGAAGCCGCUACAGGCCCCGAGCUAACCCCAAGCUGCAUGUCAAUACCCCCAGCAGCUACAUGGCGACGUCCACCCGCACCUGCACCUGCACAAGCGCAAGUCACCGACAUCCCUCCCGUGCCUCAGAUCCGAACACGCGCAAAUACAAUCCGCAGCGUACGACACGCUUCACAACCUAGACCAGGCACUAGUUCUGCCGGCGCGAGCCCCAGUUCCCCGGCUGUGCCAUUCUUGCCAAAUAGUCUGUUAGCAAGUAAUGGGUAUGCAUCAACUGGCGCAGGAGUACCUAUCGGUCACGGCGUAGCGACAGGGGACCGAAACGCUACCCGUCCCAUGCUCGAUAUGUCUCCUCAAAGCCCCUUUGCGGAGGGAAGUUUGCUUCAUCAGCUUUGA